GCUUUGGGAAGAUAUCCAGAACGAUUGAAACAUUUUUUAUGUAAAUAUUAACCACGCCUGCCGUAAUCUCUAAACUACGGGUUAGUAUGGGAUUAUACAACCAAGGCUCAAUUCUCUGUUAUGCUACCAGUUGAUACAUUUGCAUGCACAGUGAGUAAUGAGGUGAAAGGGGAGUGAAGGGAUGCUGAAGGAGGCUGUUGUUGCCACCGGCGGAGCUCAUGUUAAAGACAACAAAUAGCAGCCACUGUGUUGGCUAACAACCCUUUGACAGUCUCCUUCAGAAACAUAUCGCCACUCCACAGGACAAAAAACACGCAGGAUGUAAACGAAGAGACGGCCACAUGUGCUCCAUCAAGUGGAGAAGAUGUCACUGGUUGUGGUUGGUACGCUCCUGUGCCUGUCUUGUUGGGUCUCUCUCUACUUUAUCUUGUGCAACGUCAACGGGUCCAGGAGCUACGAGUGGAACUGUCGCCUCGUCACCCUGGUACAUGGCAUCCUGGCAGUCUGCAUCACAGGAUACAUAGGCUAUGUCGAUGGACCCUGGCCUUUCACUAAUCCAGGUACUAAGAACAGUCCUCUGCAAAUAAGUGCCAUGUUGGUGAGCCUCGGCUACUUUAUUUUCGACAUGGCCUGGUGUGUGUACUUCCGCACAGAGGGCCCCGUUAUGUUGGCCCACCACACCAUGAGCAUCCUGGGAAUCCUGUUGACCCUGUGGUUGGGGGAGUCUGGCAUCGAAGCCUGCGCGGUGCUCUUUGGCAGUGAAAUCACCAACCCCCUCCUGCAAGCACGCUGGUUCAUCAAACAGACAGGACAUUACGGGACACGGCUGGGGGACAUUGUGGACGUCCUGUUCGUGCUGCUGUUUGUGGUGAUGCGAGUGUUCGUGGGAGGCACAAUGCUGUACUGUGAGCUGAUCUCACCCAACCCAAGAUUCUUUAUCAAGUGUGGGGGAGUGGCUAUGUACGCUCUGUCCUGGGUGUUCAUGGUGGACAUUGUUCGAUUUUGCAUAAAGAAGAGCAAGAGCUGGCAAAAACAGAGGAGAGAUCAACAAGAAACAGUAGCAGCUAAUGGUCACGAAGGGAAGAAUGACUGAUUGCCUUUCCAAAGUCAGUCUAUGCUUUUUUCUACCAUGGACGCCCAAGGGAAAUUACAAAGAAAAUCAACUUUUUGUAUGUAAAACUGACAUUUCAAAAUGGAUCAUUCAAAUCGAGAACCCUCCUUUGACAUCUUUCUGUGAGGUCUAACAUUUUCUGGACUUUUAUCCAGCUAAUUCAGCCGAACACUUAUUUGAUUGUUGUGUAAAAUGUGCAGUUGAGAAACAACACAGAUGUAGAUUAAGACACUGAAAACUAAAGCACUUUCUGCAAACACAUGAACAGAUGUUGCUUUCAGUUGCAAUGCACCGUGCCCUAGUAACAUGUUGUGUAAUUGCUUGCAAAGGAAAGCUCAAUGUUAGGAAAGAGACAGUUUACAUAUUAUGCCUUUCCUCUUUGUGAAAUAUUUUUCAUAAUUUCAAUAGGUUUUUUGGCAUAUGGGAAACUGCGAGCAGAUGUGAAAGGUGUACUCAGGGAGAUCAAGAGUGGGAUGGAUUCCAGAGAAAUGUAUGUGAUAUGUUUGAUUACUUAGUUUGAUUCAGUUUAUAGCAACAACUUUACCCUUUUCCUGCUUUCUAAAAUCUUGGUUCAAGAUCCUGCCCAUAAAACAUUCAUUUAACUUUCCACUGAUAAAUCAAGAGACCCUUCUCAUAAAUAGAACUCUGCGUUGGUAAUGCUAUUGUUUUGCAGUCCAUUUGGAUAUUUAUGUUGACUUUGAAUAUGUGGAAAUGUUUGGUCGUUAUUUGAGAGGUGCGAUUACAAAGGAUACGUUGUCUGUUCUGAUAGCUCUCAGUUAAUUUCAUUUAGUUGAGUCACAUUUCAGUCUCACAGAGACAAUUCAAUUAAAUGUAUAGUUAGCUAUCUGUACAGCGUGCAAAAUCAUAUCGAGAUGAAUUACUCAUAUCAGGUUAUUUUUUUGCAAAGUUCUGUUCCACUCACUCUUAACACAUCAAAAAGUAUUUAUUUUACCUACUACCUGUUUAGAGAGUUAUGAGUUUAAGUAUUUAAUGUUUAUUUAAUGUGAUAUGAUGAUUGCUAUACUGUGAUGGUAAUUAUCAGAAACAUUUUCAUCUCAAUAGUGAUUGUGAUAUUAUAUUGUCCAGAAAGAACACACAAGUGCAUUAUGGGAUACGAUUUAUCUUACUCCAUGACUGAAUUUGCUCCAUGCCGAUAAAGCUACCAAACUACCAGGAUUUAUCUUUGAGCUUGGAUCUGUUUUCUUAUUAUUAUGACCAUAUUUGUAUAUUAUUAUCAUCAUUAUUAUCAGUGCACAUGGAUUUCUGCAGUAGUGUGCUAAAAGACUUGCCAUUUAUUUAUUUUUUCUCUUUAUGUGUUAUUGAGAUUUGCUGUUUUUGUGGCAGAAUCAUGUGAGCAUCACCAUUCUAUCAAAGAAACUAAAAAUCUAACUGGUGUGUGCCUUAGUUAUCUAUACUUUUCUAAAUAUGUGUUACUUUUUGUUCUAUGCUGUACAUUUAACCCUCCAAAAUCUACAUAGCAGUAAUGAAGAACCAUUUUGAGUUUGGGGUUAAAUGAUUUGCCUUUGUAAUCCCUUUGUGAAGUCGGAUAUACAAAUGUGACUGUUUGUAUGCCUUGAAAUAAAAUGUAAACAAAAACAUUUCAACUAUAA